CUGUCUUUUCUUCCUUCAAGCGAAGAAGAGUGUAAACAUUUUCACAUGUCGAGGGCCAAGGUGCUGUCAGUGUUCCGGUCCUUACACCGAGCCAGAAAGAAGGUGUUCCAGGGGGAUGAUGUAGCUCUUUCAGUUGCGAAAUUAAAGAUUAAUGAUGAGUUCAAGAAACAUACUCAGGAAACAGAUGCAGAAAAAAUCAAGGAGCUGAUCACUAUAGCGGAGGAUUCCGAGAAACUGUUGCGGAAGACGGUUGUGCAGGGAAAAGCCCGGGAGGACGGAACAUAUGAGAUCAAAAUCACGGAGGACACAUAUCUCGAGAAAAAUACCUUGUUUGACGAACAUGCCAAACUUCCAGUGAGAGGACGGAAGAAGAAGUGCUCCGAUUCCCCUGACACAUGAGGAUGUUAUUGAAUGUACCGAACUUGAAGAAAUGAUCACUUGUGUGACAAAGAGAUAGUGCUAGCAAACAUUUAAAAAGAAAACUCUAGUCAAGACUUUCGGCAUUAAGUGUACAGCCAGGUCGAUGAUCUGGACUAGUAUGAAUUUUUAGUAUAUUGGCAAGAGAAUAUGGCAAACCAGGUCUUUUCUAUUGUGAGAAUAUAUUCAGGCGUGGUUGCUUCCAUGGGACUGAAGAUGUUUGGUGCUGGUCUGUAUGAGACACAGACCUACUGUGAGAUGUCUCUGUAACUAGAAGUACAUGUAGAAUACAAAACUUUGUACAUGAGCAGGAAUAUUUACCAAUAGGGACAAGUAACUUUCCUUCAUAUUUGUACAAUGUUUCCUAUUCCGUGGGUGUUAAUGUCAUGCAUAUAAAAGAAAUAAACCUUAAUCUC